AUGGAAAUUUCAAUUCCAAAUAGUACUAAACUAUAUUGUGUAUCAUGGAUGAAAACAUCAGGAUAUAUUGCAACUGGUGGAAAUCAAGGAUUACUUAAAAUUCUUAAACUACCAUCAAAUUCGAACAAUAACAAUGCUUCCUCAACAAUAACAACAACAACAACAACAGCGAUGUCAACAAAUUUAUCAAUGAAUCAAAAUUUAGAUGGACAUUCGAAUGUUGUUCAUAUAGCAGAAUGGAAUGAGUGCUAUCAGAAGUUGACAACAUGUGACAGUAAUGGUUUGAUAAUUGUUUGGUUGACACAAAGUGAUAGUUGGUAUGAGGAAAUGAUCAACAAAAGGAAUAAAUCAGUUGUGGUUGGUAUGGCAUGGAGUCAUAAUGGUAGUAAAAUUGCAAUCGCUUAUGAGGAUGGACAAGCAAUUGUUGGUUCGGUUGAUGGGAAUCGUUUAUGGAAUAAAAAUGUUGCAAGUAAUUUGGUGACACUCUGUUGGUCAGGUGACUCAUCAUUGGUACUAUUCGGCUUAAUAGACGGUGAAAUACAGUCAUAUGAUGCGACAGGUGUAUUUAUAUAUAAAUUACGUAUGGCUUGCAUAGAAAAUGUUGAAUUGGAAACAGCCUUAAAUAAUCCAGUUAUCAUAAAAAUACCAAAUAUGAUAAUUAGUAAGGCACGUUGGUCAUCUGAUGGUUCAAUGCUUGCAAUUUGUGGUUUACAAACAGAUUUAGAAGAUGAAAAAUGUAUGAUACAUUUUAUAACUGCUUAUGGAGAGCCUUUAAGAAAUUUGCUAGUACCAGGACAAGCAAUUACUGAUAUAUCAUGGGAAGGUGAUGGCUUACGACUUUGUGCAGCAGUUGAUAGCCAUUUAUUCUUUGCGAACAUUCGACUCGAUUACAAAUGGGCUUAUUGUGGUCAUACAGUUAUUUAUUCAUAUGAAAGAAUGGAAAGUAAAGAGCACUGCGUGGUAUUUUUUCAAACAAAACUUGAAGAAGCUUAUUUACAAUAUGUCAAACCAAUAGUUGCAUUAGCAUCUUCCAAUGAACACUGCAUCUUGAUAACACGUGUAGAGAAUCAAAUUGGCCAGUAUCUUAUGCAAAUUUGCAAUGGUAUUGGAACAACAAUCGAUUCCAAAUAUAUUAAUUUAGAGCCAAAAUAUGUGGUAAUGAAUGAUUCUGAAGUUGUAAUUGCAAAUAAUUUAUCAUUUACCAUUUGGCAGUAUAAUAUUCCAUGUGUUAUAAAUCGAGAAAUAAAUGUAAAUGUUGACGAUUCAAUGACAAAUGAUCAAAAGUUAUAUUAUGUUGAUGAAAAUGAUGAAAUUGAUGUCACAUCAUCUAAUAUUAUGCGAGGACGAAUACAACGGCAGAGAGAUGAAAUAUGUGCAAUAGGAAUCUCGAAGGAAUUCAUUCUCGUUUGUCGAAAUUCUGGCGCAGCAAAUUAUUAUUCACUACCAGAAAUAAAAUUACAAUCAGUUCUUAAUUUGGGUUGUCGGGUUGAAAAAUUAGAAUUGAAUUGUAAUGGAACACGAAUUGCUGCACUUACUGCUAAAGGAUUAAAAUUAUUCGAAUUGCGUGAUAAUAUUGUAGUAUCAUUGUAUCUUGAACGAACCGAUGCAUGGAAUAUUAAGUGGGAUUCGGAAAAAGAUGAUACAAUAGCAGUAAUGGAGAAAGCACGAUUGUAUGUUAUUAGAAAUAAAGAAAUUGAAGAACCAAUUAUUAAUAAUGGUUAUAUUUGCUCAUUUAAAAAUCUCAUCGUGCGUACCGUACUUCUCGAUGAAUUAAUGAAAAAUCCUGACACACCGCAUAAAUCAUUCAUCAUUGAUGUUGAAAUUAAGUUACUUCGAAAUGCGAAAAAUCUCUUAGAGAAGAUGAAAAUUGAUGAAGCAACAGCAUUUAUCGAAAAGAACAAUCAUCCAAAACUAUGGGCAUUACUAGCUGAGGUAGCAUUAAAACGGUUAGAUACGGUUAUUGCGGAACAUGCAUUCAUAAUGCUGAAGGAUUAUGCCGGAAUACAACUUAUCAAACGGAUUGGUAAUUUACAGAAUGAUGAAUUCAAGAAAGCUGAAGUAGCAACAUUUUAUGGACGUAUUGAUGAAGCGGAAAAAAUUUACAUGGAAAAUGAUCGACGUGAUUUAGCACUUGAACUACGAGAAAAAAUGAAUGAUUGGUUUCGAAUUGUGGAAAUUUUACAGCAAAGUAAACAACCAGGUGAUGAUGAAUUACUGAUGAAAGCAUGGAAUCAUGUUGGUGAUUACUAUGCUGAACGACAGAAAUGGAAACAAGCUGAAAGUUACUAUGAAAAAGGAGAAAAUCAUAAGCAACUGAUACGAUGCUAUUUGAUGGAUGAUAAUUAUGAUAAAUUGGAAUUAUUAGCAAAACGUUUACCUGAUGGUGAUAAACUUAUCGCUGAAAUUGGUGAAAUUUUCCUAAGCGCUGGCUUAUGUGAACAAGCAGUAGAAUGUUUCGUACGGUGUGAUAUGCUAAAUGAAGCAUUAGAUGCUUGCAUACAAUUAAAUCAAUGGGAACAAGCAGUUCAACUAUCGAAGACAUAUAAUCUUCGCGAUGUUCAUUUAUUACUUAACCGUUAUGCUGAACAAUUAACUGGAAGUAACGAGAAAACAUUAGCAGCAGCACAACUUUACCGAAGAGCUGGCAAAUAUUUGGAAGCUGCUCGUAUUAUUUUUGAUAUUGCAAAUAAUGAACGUUUAAAACAAGCUGAAGCAUUACGUUUAAAAAAACUUUACGUAAUGGGCGCUCUUCUUAUUGAACAGUAUCACGAACAAAAUAAAUCAGAAAUUGCUAAGGAAUCAGCAAAUAAAUCUGAUGCAGAAAUAGCUCUCAGAGGAUUACUAGAAGUGGACAGUAAAAUUUCGCUUGCUGAUAGUACUAUCAUUGAUAAUGCAUGGCGUGGUGCUGAGGCAUAUCAUUUUUACAUGCUUGCACAUCGUCAACUCUAUAAUGGUGAUAUAAAUAAUGCAAUGAUGACAGCAUUACAUUUGACAGAUUAUGAAGAUCUUAUCGAUCCAGCUGAAAUUUAUUCACUUCUUGCAUUAUCAAGUUGUGCUACACGACAGUUUGCUGUUUGCAGUCGUGCAUUUAUUAAAUUAGAAAAUUUGGAAACAUUUUCUGCAGAUGAAAAGGAAAGUUAUAAAAAACUUGCAAUGAAAAUUUUUACUAAAUAUUCACCAAAAGAUACACAAAUGAAUAAAGUGGAAUGUACGAGUUGUUAUGCACAAAUUCAAGAUUAUUGUCACAUAUGUCCAUCUUGUGACAUCAAAUUUCCCACAUGCAUUGUCACUGGUCGAUCAAUGCUUGUGCAGCAAUUUUGGCUCUGUCCAACUUAUAGCAAAUAUUGGGAGAAAUUUGAAUCACGUGAUGACCUGAAACCUGAAAUAGGUCCAAAAGAUGGAACAAAUAUAAAAUUUGGAAGAGAUCAAAUAGGAAGAAAUACUGCUUCAAAAUGGAUAGGUCUUAAUGGAAAACUUAGCACUAGUCGUACGUUAACUCAUCCGGAAGUAGCUGAAUUUAUUAAAAAAGGAAGUAAAAGAAUAAUUACGGCCGAACCGGAAACAGAAACGAGUGCUGAAAACAGAAAUGCUGAUGAUUUGAAAUUAGCUCAUCAACUCUCGAAUUCCAGUUCUGAAUCUGAUUUAAAUUCUCAAUCUAAAAUAAAAUUUCCGCUAUCUGAAACAAACCAUCAAAAAAAUUCCAACAAAUUAGCAAAAAGACCAAUUCCACUUUAUAUCGCCACUCAUUAUUUUAGAUUAUCUAAAGAAAUUGAAAAAUAUUUGCAAGAAAAUUUUAACAGAGAAUUAAGCAAUCCAAAAAAGGAGAGAUCAAUUUCAUACGAAUCAAAUGAUGAAGAAGAUCAAGAGUAUCAGUCAUCUGAUACGACAUUAUCAGAUUCAAAAUUUAAUCAACCUAAUGUACCAACAACAACAAACUAUAAUGCUAGCUUGCAAGCAGUACCACCAUCCAAUUAUCAAUCUCAAUUAGCAGAAUCAGUUGAAAAAAAUAUUGAAACAGAACAGAAUUCAUCAUCUUUCCUAUUAAAUGCUACUAACAAAAGGAAUUUAAAUUAUGAAUUUCAAUCACAAAAUAGUCCAUUAGCAAUUGCUGAAGAUGGAGAAAAGCAAAAGGGAAUACUAGAUACAAGUAUUCUUCCAAAGCCAGGUAAUUGUCCACCACUUAAUCCAUUAUUGCAUUCAUUACCGCAUAAUGAUACUGAUAAGAGUUGUGGACAAACGUUGACAGGUUCAUCAGUAGAUCCUAACUGCGCUUGCAUGUAUUUUGUAGCUGAACGUAAUGAGAAAGGAUGUGCAGCAAAAUUUUAUAUACUAUGUUAUCGAUCAAGCGAUCAGCAUCCCGAUCAAAUAAUCGAAGAAUCUUUCGCCCCACAAGUACCCAACACAUAUUCCGAGCAGAACGCCGAAACACACUCCGAUGAACAGGUGGACAAUUAUAAUCAACAAUCAGUAAAUUACAAUAAACAAAAGCUAAGGCGGCGAACGGAAACAAUCAAUCAAACAUUUCCAUUAGACAAAGAAGCUGAAUUAAAGGAAGAUAAAGCGCAAACAACAACGAUAAAUUCAACAACUAAAAGUGCAUCAGUUAAGCAUCAAUGA